GUACUUUUUUGCUUACUUGCUUUGUUCUCAUAGAUGCGGCUUCUUUAUCGUAAAAAGUUGUUUUUAUAAAAAAUAAUAAUUAUUUCUUAUAUUUUUAUUUGUUGGAAGUGUUCAGUUAUUCAGGCUAGAUGGCAAACGAAACAAUAAAUCAGUUCACUGACGAUCUUUUGAGCGAAAAACUAUUCAACUGCCAGAUUUGCGAUGAAAUUUGCACGUCCGACAUUUUCCUGGUCAAAGGUAAAGGAAACGUGUGUGCGGUUUGUUUUGAAGAAAACUGCGGGGAGGAAAUAAAAUCGAGGGCUGAGCUAAAUACGGUCCCCAUGUCAAUUAUAGCCAAGCUUAUGUUGCCGUGCAAGUUCCAGGCGAAAGGCUGCGAUAAAAGGUUGGCAUCGAAUAAUUAUUCCAAGCACAUUAGUACCUGUUAUUUUAAAAUUAAACCGUGCCCAAUGAAAAAUCUCGAAGGUUGUGAUUGGAGUGGAAGCACUUUCGAAUUUAGCGGACAUUUAUUAAAUAAUCAUCAAGAGCACGUUGUUAAGAGUGGAAACAAUAUUUUUAAAGUUGAAACAUCCCUGUUGAAACCUUUCAACGUUAAGUUAUUAUCUGAUGAUCAUCAAAACUGCAUUUUAAAGACUUCGGUCGUUGACAACAAAUUUUAUUAUGCUUUAAAUCCGCUUGAGAAAUCCGAAGAAAAUGUGGAAUUUUCGGUGGUGCACAAGAGUAUUCCAACACCAAACCAUUUAGUGAAAACCGUGGGUACUCUUACCAAACUAAACGGUUUUUAUGAUGAGGAAAACCUGGAUAAAAACCCCAACGCGACUGUGGUAGACAUCGACCUGUUGAAACAGCUUGCUGACCAAAAAAAUAUGAUUUCGAACGAAUUUAAUUUGAAUCCUAAAGGAAUAGAUGAGGAUAUGCUGAAACUAUUGGAAUGUCCCGUAUGCAUGAGCGUAAUGAGACCUCCAAUUUAUCAGUGCAAGCGUGGACAUAGCAUUUGCAUCAUAUGUCGCGGAAAAGUAAGUGCAUGUCCUACAUGCAAGGGAGAAUGGACCACUGCUAGAAACUUCUUCAUCGAAAAUUUUACGGCCAAUGUAAAAUACCCCUGCAAGUUUAAAAAAAAUGGCUGCAAAGAAAUUGGAGUUGAAGGUGAAAUCAAGAAACAUGAAGAAAUGUGUAAUAAUUCUGGAUCCAACAAAACUGCCGUUGAAGAAUUUCGAAAGAAAUGUAUGGGAGAGGGUUCAUUAAAAGGUUGCUGUUUUUAUGAUUUUGGAUGCAAAGAGAGGGGUGUUGACAGUGAAAUAAUAAAACAUGAAGAAUCGUGUGGGUUUUACAGAUACAAAUGCCCACUUUGCCCAGAAUUUGUAGCCAAAAAUGGUAUAAUACAACAUGCAAAAGAAAAACAUAAAAUAACAGAUACAAUUCCUUUAAAUCAAAUAGGAAAGUCUUUAGCAGAAUGUAUGAGAUACAUAGUAUUUGAUUUAAAACUAUUCAGAAUAUCGUAUUAUACUGAAGAUGUAUAUAUUUAUUUUGCGGUUGAAUUGAUUUGCUCAAAUGAAAACCCCAGUUUGUAUACUUAUCAAAUUGCUUUUCAGAAUUCAUUUAAAAAGUUUGAAAGGCCAUUAAUUUUGGAAUAUCCUUGUUUAAAAGAAAGGGCACAAACUCCAUGGUUAAAAAUAAAAGGGGAUGUGAUUAUCCUUGCUACUGAUUACAUUUACUUUGCAGUUUCCAUAAAAAAGAAGAACUAAUUAAAUAAAAGUUUGUUAUAUAAAUACAUAAAUAAAAUUAAUAAAUGCACA